AUGUCCUCCAAACAGCUGACUCCUGCACAAAUGAAAGUGCUCAGUCAUGAAGCUUGCUUCAACACCGCUGACGCCGAUCCGGUCAGUCUCGUGGCCACGGUCGAGUCGAUCCUCAAACAAACCGGGCAACUGGACGAGACAACGCAUCUCAUUCGGCAACAGGUUACCUCCUUGGUGAUGGCGCACAAACCACGUACAGUCAUUACCAGAGCGGGACAGAGAGCUCUCAAGGCGCUCAGGACUGACACCAGCCUUGUCACACCACCGGCAGACAAAGAACGUUCCACAGUCGUACUUUGCAAGGCUGAAUCCAUUCAAAAGGUCAAAGACCUGCUGGAGGACCCACAGGUGUGCCCCCCAUGUGGCGAGUAAUCGAUGAAGAAGCUGGUGACGCAACUGGACAAGACGCUCGUCGACAUGCAGUCGAACGAAGCAAUAAGGGAGUCGGUACGGCUGGCCAUUGAGCCAACAGAUGCGGCCCCAGCAAGUUUCUACGGCCUGCCAAAGGUACACAAAGCCGGUCUCCUCCUCCAACCAAUCGUAUCAUUGCGCGGUGUACCAACAGAUAAUCUGGCAAAAUGUUUAUUGCGCAUACUGAGGUCUCUCACCUCGGGCGCAGUCUGUUCAAUGUCACAGUUCCUAGAGCGGCUCAGAGGCGUGCGACUCAGCGAAGACAACGUCAUGGUGUCAUUCGACGUCACCUCUCUCUUCACUUCGAUCCCGCAAUACCUAGCGGUUGAAACGGUUAGCGAACCGCUUGAAAGCAAGUACGACGAGACAGGCGAAAGUGUCAAACGGAGGCAUUUCAUUCAAUUGCUAAACUUCUGCCUAAAGGCCUUCUUUAUCUUCGAAGGGGGAGUGUACGAACAGAUCAAGGGGACGCCGAUGGGAUGACUCCUUUAAGGCUUUAUCGCGGAUGCAGUUCUCCAAAAGGUGGAGACCGCAGUCUUAGAGAUAUACAGACCAAAAUUUUGGAUUCGAUAUGUCGAUGAUACCUUUGUCAUCAUUAAGUGGGAGAUGGUUCCCUAGUGGCAAACUGUUCUUUAAUUAAAGAAUUUCACAAUGUUCUGAAUUCUGUGCGUCCUUCUAAUUUGAGCCGAAUCCCCAGCUCUCCGAAUUUUCGUCGAUUUUAUUUGGUAGUAUAGGGCAGACUGGACGUCGCGUGAAAAUAAACUGCGAACUGACAACGUAUCCUUUGAAUUUGGAUUUCGAGUACACCACCUCGAAAGUUAUACUUUUCUUGAAAUCUUCGGAUCUCGACGUUAUUUCCCACAGUAUCAGGAGGAAGAUUCUACCCGAAUUCUCCAAGGAAAAGAAAAACUGAUUAGUCCUCUCAUUCGCGCCAGUGAAGUAUACCACAAAUUCUCCAUCAACAGCUAUUUGCCCUCGUCCACCCAUCUGUACAAGGCUUCCUACUUUACGACUUUUCUCCGAGAUCUACAUAGAAAACCAUAAACGCCUGAAUCGUUUCCUAUUUAACUUCAUAAUUCGCAAAGUCUUUAUUCUACAAAUUGUUGAAAACAUCCUGCACUAAUCUAGAACUGAUUGACAAGUUUGAAAACCAUCAACAAUGAGCCAAUCAGUUAUAAAACGCGUCCACAAAAGUUGCGCAACCGGGAUUUGAAGAGGUUAUCUGCACUGCCGAUUAAUGGUCUGACGCUGGUCAGAUAAGUUUGUUAACUACAGAAGAGCAGCUGAGAACGGUCUUUAAUUCAUUAGCAGUCUCUUGCGAUAAAAUGCUGCUGGAAUCUUUAGAGGCCAGGGGGCUUAAGCACAAUAGGCUCCACGAGACAAGACAGGAAAUAAGAACCGAUUCACAGCCAAGAGGCCUUGAAAACAGUAUGACAGACGGGACGGAUUCUGCGCUUGUCGGUCGCUGUGUCAGCUGUGAGGAACUUGAAAAGCGAGCCCAGACGCUAGAGGAGAAGCAGGGCCUACUGACGGACAUCAUUAUGGCUAAUUUGAAGCACAGUAAAAUAGAAUUACUAAAUAAUCCGUCAAAUUUCCGAUCGAUAACCGACGAACAUCUUACUAAUAAAGGCAUUGGCGCGGAAAACUCGAAGCCAGUCAGGAAGAGGAAGCGAGUUAUGUCUCCAGGGGAAACUCCAGACAAAUCAGUUCCGGUGGAUAACGUGGGGGUCGACGUUAAUGCAUUAAAAUAAGUCAGGUUUCAUUACCCGCUAUAGUAACUAAACCUGCCAAACCAUCGAACACUAAAGUUGGAAAAGCCAGGGUGACCCUCAGAAGAUCAGUUACAAACUACAAGGACUCGCCGUUAUUCUUGGAAGGCAAUGCUGUUACUCCACUUCAUCACAAGGCCAACUCAUCUGGAAAGUGCCCCAAUCAUUCCGUUUAUGGAAAAGGACACGAUAAGCCUUCGUGCAGUACAUUGCAACAGGGUAAUGAUUGUAAGAGCUCCACUGCCCGAGCAAGUACGCCACAUGAAAAUACAUGCCCUAUACCCCCUUCGCCGGUCAAAAAUCACUGAAAUGUCGAAGUACCAACAUCCGUGGCGCAUACUACAGUGACGUUACAUCGUCCUAGCGCGGAUGGGACAGUAAUGAGAUCAUCCAUAAAUCGUAAGCCAAAUAUUGUCAUAAGCGGCGCCCCAGAGUCCACGUCCUGCAUUCCGAAGGAACGAGUGACGCACGACCUACACCUUCUUCAUCAGUACGCCAGUGCCGUCCUGAAGGAUGGGGAAAUAUUCACCAUUAAAAAAGCUUUCCGACUAGACAAAGCAGACCCAGAUCGUGACUUAACAAACAUCACCCAAGACCCCUGAAAGUUAUUUUGGAAAACGACGCCCCAGUAGAACGACCUUACGCAACUCGCACAAGGAAGCGUUUUUUUCAACCAGACUACGAACCGAGGGAAAUACUGAAAAUGAGAGAACUGAGAUCAGAAUUGAAGGAGGGAAUUGGCAGAGGAGAGAAAGGGCUGAAGAUCAGAAAUGGACAAAUAGUCCAGACAAAGGGGUCUUUCCUGUGGUCAGAACCCGUCACAAUGAAGGCCGGGCCUCUCCAACGAAUCAGUCAUUGAAGGUUAUAUCCGCAAAUGUGCAAAGCCUCUUCAACAAACUAGACGAACUAAGAGACUUAGAUGACGAAAUUAAGCCAGACAUUAUGGCAUUCACAGAAACGUGGCUUACUGAAGAUAUCGCAGACUCAGAAAUAUCACUUAGAGGAUAUCAGCAAUUCAGGAGAGACAGACUAAGCCGUGGAGGAGGAGGAGUCAUAAUUUAUGUCACUUGCAAGCUAAGCGCUAUGGCUGAUGUACAUAGUCUGGUACGGGAUGUAGAACUGCUAAGCGUUACCAUAUCUGCUAAUAAUGUCCGAUCACUGACUCUUUCGGUGGUGUACCGUUCACCUAACCAUACUUCUGACCAAGAACUCGUGCUCUUAACUGAACUUAAGAAAGACAGUGGGAAGAAAGAGGUCCUUAUCGUUGGGGAUUUAAACGCUCCUGGCAUUGAUCGGCUAAUGUGGACUGCACAAGGGCCGCAAGACAGCUUUAAUCACAAACAACUACAAUGGGCAACAGACAAACUUCUCUGCCAGAAUGUUACCUUUGGAACGCCGGCCAGGGAAGGACAGCAGUCGAACUGCCUUGAUCUUAUUUUUACCUGAGAGGAGGAAAACGUGUUAGACCUGCAGGACCGACCGCCAUUAGGGUCAAGCGAUCACAUCAUGCUCUACUUCGAGUACUCACUGUUUUUCCAAUCCGUUCAACCCGAUAGGUGGAAGAGAAACAGUAGGAAAGGGGACUAUUCUCUCAUGAGGAGGGAAGCGGCAGCUGUAUCAUGGCAGACUGAACUGCAUGGUCGAGCAAACGACAACUGAAAUACUUUCAGUUCCUUACUGAAAGAGAUUGUUUAUGGCAGAGGCCAAACAGGUGGCCACAGUGAGAAAAUUUGUCUAGGUGGGUCAUGUAAAACGGAAUGGCGGUUUUGAGGGGAAGAACGGGAGGGGUAAACAGCAGAGGGCACUGGAUUGACGGCUGGAUGUUGAAAAAAUGUUGGAAAUAGCAGAGAAAUAAUUAUUUGUUUUAAUGAAGUGAAAAAUACCGUAGGAUGGCGUGCAAAUAGGGAGUACCUUAGGCGUGAUGGGAUUGGCGGCCGGGGCAAGUAAACCUGAACCGCCAAGCGGUUAACCAAUGGGAUCGUUGGCGCCACCCUUGAUGUGGUGUGCAGCAGAUGGACGAGAAUCAGACGAUGCGCAAGCGGGACGCGAAGGGACAUCGAUGUACUGCGGUUGGGUAUGAGUGAUUGAAUAAACUGCUUAUGACAAUUGCGUCACUUCCCAGCCCCUUACUAACCCCCUCCUCACCCCCUCCCUAUUUGUUAUAUCGGUGAUCUCCACCGCAUGCACCGUUUAAUACGCAUAACGCAAAAAUGUUUAGGAUAACUGGCCGUACUCCAACGCCACCGCACCAACCUACAGCAAGUCGGCAAACACCCGAACUUGGCGGCCGCUGUGUGUAAGUUCGCUGUUCAACGAGAUUUGUAAGUAUCCAUGAUGGGAGCAGUUUGCAGACCUACGUAACCCUUUAUAAUUUUAAAUUUAACCGCAGAGCAUAUUGCCCGGUGGGUAUAAGCUGUGUGAGAAAAUGCGGAGAAAGUCACGGUAUGUCCGAAUAGUUAGCACAGACACCUCAUUCCUACCUCCCUGCCCUCCUCCCUCCCCCCCACCCUCCCAACACGUUGAGCCACACCCGGGACCCAUAACACCUAUCCUCACCUCCGGCACCCAUCACAGCACGACGCACACUUCCCCCUCUCAAGGUCGUCCGCUUAUCUCUCUGUCUGCGUCCUGAACCAGCAGUCUGACAAUCCCACCUCUCAUUAUUCACUUCGUCUGACGACGCGUUUGUGCAACCAGCUCGAAAAUUUACGAGUAAAACUCUACUCAACAUGAAUGAAGAUUAGAGGUCCAGAUAGAUUAUCUCCUUCAUCAUCCCCAAAAGAAGACAAAGAAGGAAACGAGGCGAUUCCAUGGGCCACACUUUAUUGGUGCUGACGUUUCGUAAGUUUCUUCGUUUCCAUUAUCAGAGUAGUAGGGUUUGUUCCUGCUAUUCCGGAGUUGUUCCGUAUCGCCGCCUGUCUCGUGUUAUAGGCAUGCCUGAUAUACGAACUCUGACCAGCCUGCUGGCGAGGAAGUUUCCGAAACGUCAGCAUCAAUACAGUGUGGUCCAUGGAGUCGCCUCUUCUUCUUCGUCUUCUUUGAGAUGAUGAACGGGAUAUAUAUAUUAAUAGAACCGAAGAUUCGAGUUCCCUGAUAUAAGCGAGAAGAAGAGGCGAUCUCGGAAUCAUUUCUCGAACAAAUCGAUGAGUACGACGAAGCAAAACACCUCGUUCGGGAACGGACAACCGUCUUGGUGGUGGCGCACAAACCAAGCGCAAUUAUCACCACAGCGAAACAGGAUGCUCUCAAGAAACCGAGGGCCGACAAGAGCAUUGUGAUACUGCCAGCAGACAAAGAGCAUUCUACAGCUGUACUGGACAAGACCGACUACAUUCAGAGGGCCAACAACUUUCUAGAUGAUCGACAGGCCUACCUCCGAUGUGAGGAUGAGCCGAUGAGGAAGCUGUUCACGCAUUUGGACAAAACGCUCGCCGAAAUGCAUACAAACAAAGUAAUAAGCAAGUCGGUACGACUGGCCGUUAAACCAGUAGAUGCAGCUGCACCAAGGUUCUACGGACUACCUAAAGUGCACAAGGUCGAUGUCCCCCUCCAACCAAUCGUGUCACUGCGCGGCGCGCCAGCAUUCAAUCGGGCUAAAUGGCUGUUCCGAAACCUGAGGUCUCUAGCCUCAGGCGCAACCACAACGAUCUGUUCAGCUACUCAGUUUCUGAAACGACUCAGGGAACGCGACUCACUGCGGACGAGGUCAUGGUAUCUCCACUUCACUCCCGCAGGACCUGGCUAUCGAAAUGGUCAGCGAAUUGCUCGGGAAGCAGUAUGACGAAACGGACGAGUCAGUGAAGCGCAGACAUCUAGUCGAACUCUUAAAAUUCUGUUUGAAGACGUACUUCGCUUUCGAGGAAACUACGUAUGAACAGAUUAGAGGGACGCCGAUGCGAUCGCCUCUCUCCGGCUUCAAAGUUGAGGCAGUUCUGUAA